AUGGUGGUGGGUGCGACGGGCACUGGGAAGACGUCCUUGCUGCGGUUGCUUCUAGACACCGCCGACAUCUCACCCACUGCCAUUCCCGAACAAAGAGUGGCAAUGGAGCGCUUCCUACGUGGCCCGUCAAAACGGACAGAAUCCAUUCAGUCUGUCUGCGUUGAAAUAUGCGAAUCUCGAUAUGAUCGCGUCCUCCUGUCUGUGAUCGACACUCCUGGACUUGACUUCCAGGACGGGCAUGAACUCAAGCUGGACCGGCAGGUUACGUCGAUCGUGAAGUAUCUGGAUUCGCAGUUUGCAGAUACCAUGAGUGAGGAAUCCAAAGUGAUCCGACAAAGCAAGGGAGACCUGCACAUUCACUUAUGCAUAUAUAUGAUCGACCCCGUGUCCAUCGUCAGUUCGUCCUCGAGGCGUGCUCACUCGUCGCUUCCCACCAAGACCCGCUCGGAAACGACCAUCUCCCACCACCCGCCUGACUUGUCGUCCAUAUCAGACGACACGACGUCGGAUGACACUGAGGAGGACGCACCCGGCGACCUGAGCAUGUCCCCUGCCGACAUACGUGUAAUUAGGCGGCUUAUGACGCGUGCAAACGUGCUUCCUGUUAUCGCACGCGCGGAUUCUUUGACGGACGACACGCUUGCGGCGAUGAAACGCGUGGUGCGACGCGACUUGCAUACCGCGAAACUCAACUUUGGUGUUUUCGGACCGGUUGUUGUGGAGCCCGAGCCUACGAAUCACGUCAAUGGUAACGAGACGGAGAAUGGGAAUGGACGCGACCGCGGAGGCGAGAGCGCUGAAGACGAUGAAGAUCCAUUCCAGGAUCGCCGAUCUCGCUCGGUGAUCAAGUUGCGCCCUACACGACCGUCCACUGCCAGAGCCAGCUCACGCUCACGCUCAAGGUUCAGCUUGUCGGAGCUCGCGAACGAACGCGCAACUCCGGAUAUCACAGAUGCGGAGAGCGUGGCCAGCGUCCGCUUCUCUGCACAGCUAGUCGCCAAAACUGAUCUGAGCGAGAAUUUGCCCUUCGCCCUGAUCACCCCCGAGCAUGUCCGCAGGCGACGUCCUCUCAAGGAGCUAAAGGUACUGGAAGACCACCAAUCGGUGCACACGGAGACAGGCAGGUCGGUGUCGAUGAUUCAACCAUCCGAAGAUGGGCACGCUUCGAUCGCCGACUCGAUGCAGCCUUCGACGCCCACAUCACCCACUGGAGCACAGUCGAUCCGCAGUUUCCCGUAUCCAUAUUUGAAAGGACCCCCCGCUGAUCUGAAGGGUGUUUUCACUCGCAAGUUCAGGUGGGGGACCGUCGAUGUGCUCUCACCGGAGCAUUGCGACUUCGCUGCGAUGCGGACGGCCGUGUUGUCGACCCAUAUGAAGAUGCUCAAGAUUCGAACGAAGGAAGUACUGUACGAGAAAUACAGGACAGAAAAGCUUUUGGCCAGACGCGCCACUAAGAAUAUCAGUGAGAGCGAGACGCGCAAGUUGCUGGAGGAUCUUGGUUUGUGA